CGUGCUCUCGGCUCUCAGGCUCCGCGGCACCCGCCCCGCCUGGGCUCGCUCGGCGCGGGAGCCCCGGCCGCCGCCUCCGGGCCCCCUGGCCGGACGCGCUCACGUCCAGGUCCCCUCUGACCCCCCCCCCCGGCCCAAGCCGUGGCUUCUCCCCUGGCCAGCGAGGGAGCCGCUUGCCGACCUCAGAGGGCCGGGCGCCCGCACCCCCUUCCUCGCCCUCGUCCCCCGGGCGCCGCUCUAACGCGGGCAGGCGGGGCGGGGGACGCGGGCGCUCCGCGCCGGGGCUCCGCUGGGACUACCGCGGUGCCACCCCCGGGAGCGCGGCCCGGGCCCGCGGGGCGUUCCCGCCAUGAGCCAGAGUCCCGCGUUCGGGCCCCGGCGGGGCAGCUCCCCCCGAGGGGCGGCCGGGGCCCGCGCGCGGCGCAACGAGAGCCAGGACUACCUGCUCAUGGACUCGGAGCUGGGAGACGACGGCUGUCCGCAGCCCCCGGGGCCUGCCUACGGCUACUACCCCUGCCUUCGGGGCACUGACAACAGACUGGCCCACCGGCGGCAGACAAUUCUCCGUGAAAAGGGGAGAAGAUUAGCUAACCGAGGACCGGCUUACAUGUUUAAUGAUCACUCAACAAGCUUAUCUAUUGAGGAAGAACGCUUUUUAGAUGCAGCAGAAUAUGGCAAUAUCCCAGUGGUGAGGAAGAUGUUGGAAGAAUGCCUAUCGCUCAAUGUUAACUGUGUGGAUUACAUGGGUCAGAAUGCCCUGCAGCUGGCAGUGGCCAACGAGCAUCUGGAAAUUACAGAACUUCUUCUCAAGAAAGAAAACCUCUCUCGUGUUGGCGAUGCCUUACUUCUAGCUAUCAGUAAAGGUUAUGUUCGGAUUGUGGAAGCCAUUCUCAGUCAUCCAGCUUUUGCUGAAGGGAAGAGGUUAGCAACGAGCCCCAGCCAGUCUGAACUCCAGCUAGAUGAUUUUUAUGCCUAUGAUGAAGAUGGGACCCGGUUCUCCCAUGACGUGACACCAAUCAUUCUGGCUGCCCACUGCCAGGAGUAUGAAAUUGUACACACCCUCUUGCGGAAGGGUGCUCGGAUUGAGCGGCCUCAUGAUUACUUCUGCAAGUGCAGUGAAUGCAACCAGAAACAGAAGCAUGACUCCUUUAGCCAUUCCAGAUCUAGAAUUAAUGCCUAUAAAGGCCUGGCAAGUCCAGCUUACCUGUCAUUGUCUAGUGAAGAUCCAGUCAUGACAGCUUUAGAACUUAGCAAUGAGCUGGCAGUGCUGGCCAACAUUGAGAAAGAGUUCAAGAAUGACUACAAAAAACUCUCAAUGCAGUGCAAAGAUUUUGUUGUUGGACUCCUCGACUUGUGCAGAAACACGGAGGAAGUAGAGGCCAUUCUGAACGGGGACGUUGAAGUACGCCAUGGGGGUGGAGAUCACGGUCGUCCAAAUCUCAGCCGUUUAAAACUUGCCAUUAAAUAUGAAGUAAAAAAAUUUGUAGCCCAUCCCAACUGCCAGCAGCAGCUUCUCUCCAUAUGGUAUGAGAAUCUUUCUGGUUUGCGGCAGCAGACGAUGGCAGUCAAGUUCCUCGUGGUCCUCGCCGUUGCAGUCGGACUGCCCUUCCUGGCUCUCAUUUACUGGUUUGCUCCAUGCAGCAAGAUGGGGAAGAUAAUGCGUGGACCAUUCAUGAAAUUUGUAGCACAUGCAGCCUCCUUCACCAUUUUUCUGGGACUGCUAGUUAUGAAUGCAGCUGACAGAUUUGAAGGCACCAAACUCCUCCCUAAUGAAACCAGCACAGAUAAUGCAAAACAGCUGUUCAGGAUGAAAACAUCCUGCUUCUCGUGGAUGGAGAUGCUCAUUAUAUCAUGGGUAAUAGGCAUGAUAUGGGCUGAAUGUAAAGAAAUAUGGACUGAAGGCCCAAAGGAAUACUUGUUUGAGUUGUGGAAUAUGCUGGAUUUUGGUAUGUUAGCGAUCUUUGCAGCAUCAUUCAUUGCAAGAUUCAUGGCAUUUUGGCAUGCUUCCAAAGCCCAGAGCAUCAUUGAUGCAAAUGAUACUUUGAAGGACUUGACAAAAGUCACAUUGGGAGACAAUGUGAAAUAUUACAAUUUGGCCAGGAUAAAGUGGGACCCCUCUGAUCCUCAAAUUAUAUCUGAAGGUCUUUAUGCAAUUGCUGUAGUUUUAAGUUUCUCCAGAAUAGCUUAUAUUUUACCAGCAAAUGAAAGCUUUGGACCUCUACAAAUAUCACUUGGAAGAACAGUGAAGGAUAUCUUCAAGUUCAUGGUCAUAUUCAUCAUGGUGUUUGUGGCCUUCAUGAUUGGGAUGUUCAACCUGUACUCCUACUACAUCGGUGCGAAACAAAAUGAAGCCUUCACAACAGUUGAGGAGAGUUUUAAGACACUGUUCUGGGCUAUAUUUGGACUUUCUGAAGUGAAAUCAGUAGUCAUCAACUAUAAUCACAAAUUCAUUGAAAACAUUGGUUAUGUUCUUUAUGGAGUUUAUAACGUCACGAUGGUCAUUGUCUUGCUAAAUAUGUUAAUUGCAAUGAUCAACAGUUCAUUCCAGGAAAUUGAGGACGAUGCUGAUGUGGAAUGGAAAUUUGCAAGGGCCAAACUUUGGUUUUCCUACUUUGAGGAGGGAAGAACCCUUCCUGUUCCUUUCAACCUGGUGCCAAGUCCAAAGUCCCUGUUUUAUCUCUUACUGAGGCUUAAAAAAUGGAUUUCUGAGCUGUUCCAGGGCCAUAAAAAAGGUUUCCAGGAGGAUGCAGAGAUGAACAAGAGAAAUGAAGAAAAGAAAUUGGGAAUUUGGGGAAGUCAUGAAGACCUUUCAAAAUUAUCACUCAAUAAAAAACAGCUUGGGCAUAGCAAACAAUCAAGUAUAAGGAGCUCAGAGGAUUUCCAGUUAAAUAGUUUCAGUAAUCCUCCAAGACAGUAUCAGAAAAUAAUGAAGAGACUCAUUAAAAGAUAUGUACUACAAGCCCAGAUAGAUAAGGAGAGUGAUGAAGUGAAUGAAGGGGAACUUAAGGAAAUUAAACAGGAUAUCUCAAGUCUCCGCUAUGAGCUCCUUGAGGAAAAAACGCAGAAUUCAGAAGAUCUAGCAGAACUUAUUAGAAAACUUGGGGAGAAAUUAUCAAUGGAACCAAAUCAAGAGGAAAGCAAUAGAUAAUGCAAAGACUUCCUCAGAAAUUCAUAUUUAUUUGUCCACUUGAAGCCAUAUUAUUUUCCAGUUUAUUUUUUUAAAUGCCAAUGUGACCACAUUGUAAAUGAAAAAGUUCAAAGAUAACUUGGGUCAUCCUAUUAUCUGGAAACUUAAUUAAUAUUUUUGGUGAUUAAAUUUCAUUGUUCAGGCUGAAAGUUGCAGGUUAUGAUGAAAAUUAUGCCCAGUUGUUUGGUGCUUGUUUCAUGAACUGCUCUCUGGGUGUAACUAUUGUGAUGACGUGAUUGCCAUGUAGUGUCUUCUUGGGAAUUUCCUCGGCUGGCUGCUGUAGACACCCGGGGCUCCCGGUGUGGCAUUUCCCUUGGAGAUGAUUUCAGGCAUCUUCUUGCCUUUUCUAUGGAUCCCCUGAUGGUGAAUUCCAGCCCUGAAAUCUAAGGGAAAAUAAUCUAUGGUUAUUUAGAGAAUGCUGUUUAAUCAUCCACCCAGCUUAGUCCCACAGAGUAUGGUUGAAAAUGUCUCUGCAAAAUAGGGUUAAAUAUGUCCUACAUAUUUUUAUUCAUUUCUUGAAAAUGUUACUCUUAACAGUGAAAAAGUACUUCCUCGGCUGAACUCUGGAAACGUGGUUCAUCUGCGUGCCUGUGUGUGCGUGCACACACACACACAAACCUGUAUGAUAUGUUUGCCCUAUUUGCUUUUGCAGUCAAUAUAGACACUCAAAAGCUCUUUAAGUGAUAAUUUUUUAUUGCGACUGAAAAAUUAUUGACCAAAUAAGAACCCUUUAUUGGAGAAGUAUCAGAAAGCCACACAUAGUUGUGGCCAUUUGGCCCAAUUAUAGUGUAAUUUUGUGCCAUUUCCAAGGGCAUUUAUAGAUGAUUCCGCACAUUUGGCAUCUAAAGUAAAGGAAAAAAGGUGUUGAGGGAACUUGCAAAUACCUAUCUGUUAUUCUCAGUAUGUUCCACCCUCCUUUCAAAAUAUAGAAAACAGGAUUUGCCAUCGUGAACAUUCACCUAGAGGUCGUUGUUACUUACUGAUAUAUGAGAUGGUAUGUAAAACAACUAAAAGAGCAAAAGGUUCAUCCGUCCAACUAAAAGACUCUCAACAUUUAAAUGAUACUGGGCAUUAACUGGAAGUGCUGCUUUAAAUUCGGUAAGGAGAGACUUCAAAUACAAGGUUUUAGCUUCAUUCUAAAGACAAAGUGCUCAAGAAAAAAUCUGGUUAACUCCAAGUUCUACUUAAUUUAAAACAAAGAACCUUUAUGUAACCAGAUCGGAUCUAUAGCUGAAAUUUUAUACUCAAUGAUUUUGUAUUUGUGGUUUUUAUUUAUUGAGAAGUUAUUUAGUGAUACAGAAAAGGUGUGCUUUCAAAUGUCUUGUGACAAUAUUUGAAUCCGAAGUUGUAAAAAUCAACCUCAUACCAAGUAACACUAUCAGUAAAUUAAAAUAACCUAACAUCCACAAAGCUCGUGUGUUGUGCCAUGCAAGAGACUGGCUUCCAUGCCAGGGAGUGUUUCAUGAGAACAAGUGGGCUUGGCCCUACAUAGGAUAUUCAGGUUCCUCAGUGUCUUUUAAGUUGGGUUGACGUGAGAAGAUGUUAAGUUUUGGGAGAUGCAACACACAGGACUAUGGGUUCCUCAGUAAAAGGCAUUACAUCAAGUGCCACCCGUGAUUAUUCAAAAUUAAUUAUGUCCCCAAGGCAGCAUUUACCUCAAAGUGAAGCUGAAUUGGCAUUGUUCUAAGUUCCAUUUCAUUGGAAGAUAAAAAGAGAAACCAACCAUGUUUUAAGAAAGGCUUAGAAAAUUCCAACAAGAGCUUAAUUAAAAGCAUAUUGUCAAAGGAUGGUCAUAAAACAACCAUCAUUCAUAAGCCUCAAGACCACUGGCUUUAAAUCCUGUAUUCAUGUCACAGACAGCUUCACCUUUUACAAUAAAGUGACUGUAAGGUGAACCGUAUCUGUCCAAUCUGCCUUCUCUGAUUUGGUGCCUCCUGGAGUCUUGGGCACCAUAAGGAGGACAACAGAGCCCUGACGUCUGACUCUGACAGCCAAGCCAUGUCUGCUCCUCGUGGCAAAGCCACUGCAAAGGAACAAAGGAAGUCCCUGUUUCGGUGCCUAAAUACCUAAUUUUACUGCCUGCUGUUCUCUUACUUUGAAACUGAGAAAUAACACAAACUCAGUAUAAUUUUACUAGGCAUAUAAAAUGAAUUUUACUAGGAUCUACUGUCAGCUUAAAAUUUUGCCAGUGAUUAAAAGGACUGGAAGAUGAACAUCUGACCUCUAGAAGAUUGCAGCCAAGUAAAGAAAUGGGACUUAAUACAACUAUAAGGAAUGUUUAUUGAGC